AUGGGCUUUGACCAUCAUUUACGAGGUGUCUACGUCGCUCUUCCAACUCCUCUUACGGCGGAUGGAGACGAGAUUGACGAACCAUUGCUCAGAAAUCAUAUCAAUUACCUUCUCAAUGCUGGAAUCCAUGGCUUGGUCCCUGGUGGAAGCACCGGAGAGUUCACUACCCUGACGCUACCAGAGCGCAAACACUGA